GAUGGUGCGAGGUGCUACAGACCAUUCUCCUCCACGAUCAUGACACAGAAUGGCCCAGCAGAGCCACCUCCAAGCCAAUGGCUCUCCACCGCCGACAUCCCCCUCCCCCACCUCCUCCACGAACUCCACCUCCGCCAGCAACAAACCGACCCUUCCACCCCCACGCCUCGCCCAACCUGCGGCAGCAACAAACCCACAACAACCUACAACACGCCCAUCCACGUCUUCGCCCUCUUCCUCAUCCUCCUCCUCUCCACCCUCGCCUGCGCCUUUCCCAUCAUAAUCCGACGCUUCCCGCGUCUCCCGGUUCCCAACCAGCUGCUCUUUUUGUCAAGACACUUCGGAACGGGAGUCCUGAUCGCAACGGCUUUUGUCCACCUCUUACCGACUGCGUAUACGAAUUUAACGGAUCCUUGUCUGCCGGACUUCUGGACGAAGACGUAUCCGGCUAUGCCGGGGUUUAUUGCUAUGUGGAGUGUGUUGGUGGUGGUGGGGAUUGAGAUGUUUUUCGCGGGGAGAGGGGUGGGGCAUUCUCAUGGAGAGGUGGAUUUUGGCGGGUUGAGGGGUGGGGAGGAUGGAGAGGGACAAGAGCUUGGGAGGAGGAGGGGGAGGAGGAGGAGCGGAAGAGAAGGAAUCCACACACCCGCUUCGGACGACUCCGACUCGGACCUCGACCUCGACGAACUGGACCCAGAUAAUCCCUUCACCUCCUCCUCCGACCGCCAACCCCUCACAGCCCGCUCAUCCACCUCCUCCACCCGAUCCAUCCUGCACCACAACCCCUCCGCCCACCCAUCCUCCUCCCCCUCUCCCGGAGACGGCAGUGCAACCACCCCCCACGAACAACGCCUCAUCCUCCAAUGCCUCCUCCUCGAAGCCGGAAUCCUCUUCCACUCAAUCUUCAUCGGCCUCGCCCUCUCCGUCUCCACCGGACCCGCCUUCUACUCCCUCCUCCUCGCCAUCUCCUUCCACCAAACCUUCGAAGGCCUCGCUCUCGGCUCCCGCAUCGCCUCCAUCCCCACCUUCUCCCCCUCCUCGCUAAAACCGUGGGGAAUGGCCGUACUGUAUGGAGUCACGACUCCCAUUGGGCAAGCGAUGGGACUGGGAUUACAGGGACUUUAUGAUCCGAUGAGUGAGGGGGGACUGUUGAUGGUGGGGUGUGUGAAUGCGGUGAGUUGUGGACUGUUGGUUUAUGCGGGGUUGGUGCAGUUGUUGGCCGAGGACUUUUUGAGUGAGAAGAGUUAUGUGGAGUUGAGGGGGAGGAGGAGGGGAAUGGCUUGUGGGGGGGUGGUUGGGGGGGCGAUGUUGAUGGCGUUGGUGGGGGUUUGGGCGUAG